AUGAGAACAACGCCGGUGGCAGCAAUGGGAGUGCUGCUCGGCAUCGAACCACUCCACCUUGCGAUAGUGGCGGCAGCAGCGGCCACGGCGUAUAGGUUGAAGUGUGAAGGCAAGUGGACGAUCGGGGUGGGCCACACCCGGCUACCACGGGAUAUCCAGAUGGAAACCGUGUUGGAUAUGAGGCAGGAUAGGAUGCCGAGAAAACGCGACUUUGAUAGAUCUUUCAAGAUCUAUCUUCCUAGUCGUGAGGAGUGGAAGAGGCACGAGGUGCUUGUUAUCAGGAAUGGGGACGUCUGGUACAUGGAUGGCUCCAAAACUGACGGGGGCGCCGGUGCCGGGGUCUUUGGAAGCCGUGGGGGCUUUAAGGAGGCUCUCUCCCUCGGAGAGUUCACCACGGUCUUUCAAGCAGAGGUGGUGGCAAUCAUGAGCUGUGCUCAACUGCUGAUUGCAUCUGGGCAGAUGGACAGGCGUAUUAGGAUCUGCUCAUACAGCAAAGCGGCCCUAGGGGCGCUGGGGGCGUGCGUCUUUGACUCGCGGCUGGUAUGGGAGUGCAAGGAUGCAUUGAACAGGCUAGCCGCGGGCAAUGACGUUGCUCUCGUGUGGGUCCCGGGGCACGCGGGAAUCAAGGGAAACGAGGUCGCUGAUGAGCUGGCAAGGAGCGGCUCUUCAGUUAGAUUAGUGGGGCCGGAACCGGCCCUUGGACUGCCAGGCUGCAGGGCCAAGGCGAGAAUAAGGGACUGGUUGCGCGACCGCCAUAUGAACUAUUGGAAGGAAGAAACAAGGACCAAAUGUCGGCAGGCAAGGGCCUUGCUGGGAGAAGUGCCCAGUAGGGACCUUGCUAAGAACACAAGGGCCUUAAGAAGAGGAGAAGCCAGGCUAGCGGUGCAGAUCUACACGGGCCAUGGCUUCACCAACUGUCAUUUGCACAAGCUGGGGCUUAGCGGCGACCCGAAGUGCAGAAAGUGUGGACAUGAGGAAGAGACUACUCUCCACGUGUUGUGCGAAUGUCCAGCGUAUGCUGGAUACAGGCGGCUUCUACUGGGCUCGAUAUUCCUCGAGCCCGAGCAGGUAUGCCAACUUCAGGUCAGGGAUCUCCUUCGCUUCUGGAGGAAGACUGGUUUGAGCUGA